GGGUCUCAGUGGCUGUGUGUGCUUGAAAUUCUCCCUGGACCCGUACGGCGCUCUCAUUCCGUAGUCUCUCAGAAGGACAGACUGAGGAUGAGGAAGCUUACAUUAUGCACAUGGACCUCAAAUUUUCCUGUGAUCUUCUGGAUUAUACAUGGGAAGUUAUGUUACAUAUCCUAAAUGCCAACACUUUAUAGGCUGAGUAUAUAUAAUAGCUGCUUGCAGGAAAUGGCUUCUGGAUAAUUAACCUGGAUUUCAACCCUCAAGACUUACAGAUUUUGAGUUUCAAUUUUCUGUUUACGACAAACUUUUCCUUAGCAUCAAGGUCUGGUGGUAACAAAUCUUUGUUACAUUGAGCACUAUCACUUUAGUUCAGCUGCUUGACGGUGAUAAAUGAUCUCUCUACUGGACUUGUACUGGAAUCCGAAUACCAGCCAGCGUUCGCAGGCCUUUUUUUGUAAAAGAUUUAGAUUUUUUUUUAAUUCCUGGUCAUCCUGCUUUGGGAAAUGUUUGCUUUCUGCAGAUUCUGAGAGUCUUGAGGUGAGCUGCUGUUGAGACAAGAGAAAAAGGAGUGAGGUGCUGCACUGGCCUGUUAUGUCUGAUCGCCUUGCAAACACACUGGGGCUGAAGAAAUGAUACAAGGAAAUAAGGAACUCAGUGCCAAGGAUGGAGUGGCAAACACUAUCACUAACAAUACAAACAAACAAAUGAACAACCUGCCACUUGUAGCCAGACGUGAUGCCCCUAAUCGGCGCUUACCUGCUGCUCUUGACCCCUGCAGUGAUUACAGUUUGUCACUAUGCAGGGCUUGGACAGAAACCAUGACUGAUCAUUUUUCACUGGGAGAAUAUGGACAGAGAAAUAGCUUUGCGUUGUUCUUGGAAAGUUGUGUGCCCCCUGUUACGAAUUCCUUGAGCAACUUUGGGAGCCCGCCUCUCUUUGGCCCUGCCUCCCUCCAGUUGGCCCAGAUAAAGGCUCAGCUGGCACUGCACCAGCUGAAUGUGAUUACUUCCGGAAACAUCACCCCCCCUUUUAUUGCUUCACCUGCCCUCACCUUGCUCAACCUGCUCAAAGUUACCAUGUCCCAUCCUAUGUAUAAUCCCCGUGGAGGACCAUUCUCCAGUGGGCAGAGAUCCGUGGUAACAGGGCAGUAUGGUCUUGGGUCACAGACUGGAGGAGCUCGUCUUGGUCCUGACUCCAUGUCCAGUCCUCAUGGGGGAAUGAUGGUAAACCAGCAGAUGACUUUUCCACUGGCCCAGCAUCAGGCUCAUGUGUCCCAGGAUCUUGAUGCUACAAUAGAUAUGAACAUUCGUGGAGCCCGGGAGGAAGUGCGACUGCUCACCCAAAUGCUGCAACAUCCGAAAUCAGCAGACCCUCGCUUGAGGAAAGACAUUGUAGAUGAGGUGCUUCCUCCAGGAGGCAGUGGUUACACGGUGUCUAGCAUUCGGGGAAGGUCUGAUGAUGUGGACUGGACUGUUUACCAGGCUCCUGGAAAACUUUUUGCUCCCCCGAAUAUAGGUCAUUCCUCCAGUUCUUCACAGCAGUUCCAGUCUUCAGGUUUUGGCAACAGUGGAGGUCCAAGGAGUUUGGACAGCAAGCCUCCUUCAGAACUUCAGCCUACACGUUAUACCUCAGAGAGUGCCAGUAGUAUCUUGGCAAGUUUUGGACUCUCAAGUGAAGAUCUCGAGCUGCUUAGCCACUACCCUGAUGAUCAACUGACUCCAGACAAUCUGCCCUUCAUUUUGCGAGACAUCCGCAUGCGCAAGGCCAAGAGGACUGUCCCUGACCCUGAUAUGAGGGCUUCAUCUGAUAUUCUGGUCUCUGAGACACGACAAAGCAAAGUCAUUGAUUAUGGACAUUCUAGAAAAUUUGGAUUUCCUGAGGAGAAAUCAGACAGCUAUUCACGUGACCACCUUACUAAAGAGCCAUCUACGUACAAGAGGGAAGUUUCAGGCUCAUCCUUCAGUGAUGUUGACGUAACCAAGCGCCCACCGCAAAAUCCAGCUGUCCAGGUUCCACUUAUGGUUCCAAAGCUUCAGCAACCUCCAGCUAUGAAUCCAAGAUCUGCUUCACAGAGUUUGGAGAUCCUUGGAUCCAAGAUCCAAGCCAAGACUAUCCCUGGAAGACUGCCUACUACCACGCCUAUACCACCACCUAUCAGUCGACCUCCACAGAUGCCACCUCCUCUUGCUGUUGGUCCUUUAACACCUAUGAUCCCUUUGGACUCUGGAAGUCCCAAACUCUCCUGGCCCCCUGCCUUCCCUCCUACUUCAGUUACUGCUCCAGCUGCAAAGAGGCUACCAACUCCCACCAUGAUGAAUGAUUACUCAGCUGCUACCCCAAGAAUUUUUCCCCAUACAUGCUCUCUAUGUAACAUAGAAUGUAUCCAGAUUAAGGAUUGGAUUGAACAUCAGAACACAAAUCUUCACAUUGAAAGUUGUAGGCGUCUGAGAAAACAAUAUCCCGACUGGAAUGUGGAGGCAAUAUCUGUUACUAGUGCUGAGCAGAAGUUGGAACGUCGCAGUCCAAAACAUCAUGGCCAUUCACGUUCCUAUUCCCAUAGCCCUAGCCCCAAGCGUCACCAUGGUUCAAGUCGUCGUCAGCGUUCUCGUUCUCGCUCACGAAGCCCUCGGAGGUACCGUCGUUCCCGUUCUCGAAGCCGAUCCCGGUCCCCCCCCAGGAAGACUCGGGGUGCUUCACCCUCAUACCGACGGAGGUCUCGCACCCCUCCUGGACGGCGAUCAAGAUCACCAGGCUACAGCAGCAGUAGGCGAUCUCCUGUGCGGAGUUCUCGUAGAGUGAGUCCCCGUCGGAACAGUCCAUCUCGCCAGCAGAGAUCAAGUAGCAGUGAGAGACUAGCAAAAAAACUUCUUCAGUCUUCAGAGUUGUCCUCAGUAACUAGCAGUAGUAGUCUGAAGGCCAUGGUGCAGUCAUUGGCCCCAGCACUACUAGCUGAACUGGCCAAAAAGAGGAACAGUUCCUCCUCCCCAUUGGUGAAGAGCAGCAGCAGUAGGAAGCGAUCUUCCUCUCCCUCCUCUAAAAGAAGCGAAUCCUCAAAGUCAAGCAGCUCAUCUGCCCCAAAGACCAGCUCAUCCAAGAGUGAGAAAUCUAAGAAGCCAACUGGUCCUGGGACAUCCUGCUUGCUUAGGCUGAAGGGUAUUCCACUGGGCACCACCCACCAAGAGCUGGUCACUGCUGUUGAGCCCUUUGGCAAAAUUCACACUGCCAUCCUGCUUAAAGCAAUCUCAGAGGCGUCAGUGUGUAUGGAGAAAGAAGAAGAUGCCAAAGCUUUGGCCAGAUGUCAGGAUCUGAACCUACGUGGCAAACUUAUUGAAAUCUGUAUGGAAAAGGAUGCCAGAGAUGAACUAAGGGAUUCCAAAAAUCAGAAAAAAACUGUUGUCAAGAAAAAAGACCAUAACACAACAAGAACACCUCAGCCAUUUAAAGUAAAAGGGGUCAUGGGCAAGACAGUACAAGCAGCUAAAUCUAAAGACAUGCCUAAGAUGUCAGCUAAAGGGAAACAGGCUGUCAGGACCAAGCCUCCUGCUAAAGGUCCAGGAGAAACUCCUGUUAAGAGGAUCGUGAAGAAGGAAAUUCCCUGGAGGCGAAACAUAGUUGAAAUAACUGGUCUUCCAGAGGAAGGAGUCACUGAAGAAGACCUCAGAAACCUUGCUAGUCCCCAUGGCUUUGUUUCAACACCUGUCAUAGUGGUCACUCAGCAAAAGGCAUAUCUGGAGUUGCCUAACACACAGGCAGCAGAGGCACUGGUGAAGACAUAUGCAGAGACUCCUGCCAAGCUUCAAGAGAAAGAGAUCAGCAUCACGAUGAUGACACGGCCUAUUGACCUUAAUUACACUGAAUCAUUAUUCAGAGUAUUGAUGGGAAUGGAGAAAUUGCCUCCCCAGGAAAUUGCUGUGCUUCCUGAACGGCUCCUCACAGUUGGGAAUGUGCCUAAUGGAACUGAAGCAAUCAAUGAAGUUCAGAACCUCAUCAAACGCUUUGGUUUAUAUAGGCAGACGUUGCCCCUCAAUGGCAGGAUCAUUUUUGAAAUGAACAGUGCAGCUAUCGCUAGAUCGGUUUAUAGUCGAUGCCUCAAGUUUCCGUGUGUCCUACAGAAUAAAAACCUUACAUUCAAACUCGCCAAAAUGCCCAAGGCUUCUGACCAGAUGAAAAUGAAACCUGAUGCUAAAGGAGCCAAACCAGUUCCAAAGGUGGGGGUUAAGCCAAGGGCUAAAGCUAAAGCUAAACCUACCAAAACUCCAGCUCCUUUUACUCCUGUUACUUCAGUUCCAACAUCAGCUUCAACACCAGGUAUCAUUUCUGCUGAAGUUGGCACCGCUAAAGCAGAAGACACAACUCAGAAUGAAGCAAAGUUUGAGGUGGGCACCAGUGCUGCUACAGAAACAGCAUCUGCUGAAAUAGCAAAAGCACUGAAUGCUUCAGAAAGUGACACAAAAGUUGAUGCCCCACCUGUCGCAACAACUCCCUUAAACAACACUACUGACUCUAAAUUAGACACCAGUACUUCUUUUGAAAGCAGUGACAACAUUACUACUGACACAGCUUCAAUUAAAAGCAUUGCCCAGGGUGAAACCAAGAUUGAUGCCCCUCAAACUGAAGAAAUAACAGUGUUGGCGAACCAGCAAUCAGGGGUUUGUCACUUGCCUACAGUCACAACUGAAAACUGUGAAAAAGCACACAUGGACACGGCUAAGCAAACUGAAAAGCUGCCAGUGGACACAGCUGAGCAUGGUGAAAAAGCAUCCAUGGCCUCAGCUGAGCAGACUGAAAAAGCACCCAUGGACACAACUGAACAUGUUGAAAAAGCACCCAUGGACACAACUGGGCACGGUGCAAAAUGUCCUGUAGACAAAACUGAGCAUGAUGAAAAGCCGCCUAUUAACACAACUGACCAUGAUGAAAAAGUACCCAAAGACAUAAUUGAAUAUGAUCAAAAUGCACCCAUGGACACAACUGAAAGCGCUGAAAUCGCAUCUUUGGACAGCCAGGAUCUACCACAAGCUGAGGCUGCUACCAGCAUUGAGAAGAUGCCUACAGAACAGGAUGAGGUUACAAAUGGUGGACCGCAACAGGCCAGCAUUGCUGAGUGCUUAUCAGUUGGGCAGACUGGGGUUGUUGGUCAUAAUGACCGUGAAGAGCCCAUUAUCAUGGCUACCUCUGUAGCUUUAGAGGCUAAGAGUAUCCCUGUAGAGGAAUCCAAACUGAGUAGUCAGCUCACACAGGAUGAUUUAAAACCUUCUGAUACUAUGACUGAAAAUGAAGCCCAAAUUCAAGAUGUCUUAAAGGUUGGUGAACUGGUUAAAACUGAUGGCACCCUGCAGGCUUGUGACAAAAGCCAGCUCUCUGAAAAAAACAGUGCCCAACCAGCACCUGUUCCUUCUGAUGAUAUGACACUGGACUUUCCUCCUGUUACACAAGAAAUUUUGAAAGCUCUGGAAGCAGCAGUUCAUCAGUGCCGUUUACAGUCAUCUUUGAGGCGUGCUGAGGAAGAAGCCAGACAAAAGACUGAGCCAGAGAAAGUUACAGACAAGGCUCAUUCAAGCACAAAGAAGCACAUUACUGCAGAUGAAUCUUCAGAGAUGCCUAAGAAAGCAGUUCAUGCUGACUGCCGAAAGACCCAACCUGCCAAGUUAAAGAAAUCCCAAAGUUCUGCAUCUAAAAGUAAACUUAGAGACAAUGAAUUACCAGAAAGAGGAUCCUCAUCUAGACACAAACAGAAAAGUAGUCCAGAAGUUGGACCUCCCAGCACUAGACGUGGAGGAUCCUCAAGUUCUUCUACUGCAUCUCGCAAUAGCAGAUCAAAUAGCAGUCCAGUUUCAAAGAGUUCAAGGGGCCAUGAGGAGGAUCGCUACAAGAGCCGCAGCACGAGGAGAAGUACACGUUCCUCAAGGACUGCUUCAAAGACAAGGAUAACAGAAAAGCCAAAAGAAGAAGAGGAAGAACUUUUCCCCUUCAACUUAGAGGAGUUUGUAACUGUAGAUGAGGUUGUGGAUGAGCCUGGAGAGGACACUGCUGCUAGCACUGAACCCUCACCUGAGCAUGAGAUUAACAAAGAUGAGCUCAAAGCCCCCACAGCUGCUUCCACACCUGCAAAGCGACAUAAACCAGAGCCCAUAAAGCUGGAAGUAGAAGAAUCUCAGAGGGCUGAAGAUGAUGCUGUUACUCCAGAUAUUUUACAAGAGGCAGAAUCUGUCAGACCGGUCAUUGGUGAACCAGAAAAGACAGAGUGUAUGCCUACAGAAACAUUAACACCAGAGCCUUUGUCACAGGAUGAGAACAAAAAAUACAGUGUUCUUACAUGCACUGAAGAAGCCUCUCUCACCCAGAAAGAGUCCAAGGAAAAUGGGCCUUCUUGCCUACUUGAUACAAACCAGUUUGAUUCCUCUGGUACUGUCUUAAAGGACAAACCUCUUCCAGCUUCUGAGGCUCAAGAAAAAGAGUCACAUGCCAAGCCCCACACUGCGGUCCAUGGUAGUGAGGUGAAAGAAGGGGUGAAUGAUCAAGGAUCCACAAUCCCUGAACUUCCCACCCAAGAUGCUCUGGUGACCCUUGAUGAGGUCAGUGAGGAAGAGGAGGAUUUCCUUGAUGAGGAAGCAGAAGAGGAGGAGCUGCUAAAGCGCCAAGCUGGUGAAAACCCUGAAGCACUUUUGACUGUUGAUGAGGUGAGGGGUGAUGAAGCAGAAGCUGAAGAAGAACAGUUAGAGAAAGAACUUCGGGGCUUGGUCACUCUUGAUGAGAUUGUUGAGGAGGAAGAUGAUGAGGACUCUUUCAACCCAGAGACCCUUGUUACACUGGAUGAGGCAAGAGGUGACGAUGAGGAGAUGGAUGAGCAGGAUGAUAGCAAGCAAGCCUGUUCUGAAGUUGAAACACCAGCUGUGCCAGAGGAGCCUGCAGGAUCAUCUGGCCUAGAUGAAGAAGCAUGUGACCUAGAGGCACUGCGCAGAAUGAACUUUGUGACUGUGGAUGAAGUAGGGGAGGAGGAAGUGGAGCAGCAAGAAGAGAAAGAGGAGGAAGAAGUGCCUGUCACUAGGAGGGGUGGAAGGCCAAAGAGGAGAGCUCGGCAGACGCCAGUAAGGAAAUCCAGCCGAAAGAAAAAGAAGACUAUUGAUCAGACCGAAGAAACACCUGAGAUGCUUUCAUUGGAAAAGAUAGCAUCGGUCACUGAUUUGUCAUCCUCUGUCACAAAUGACGAAGACCUCAAACCAAAAUCCCAGAAUCUGAAAGAAGAGGUAGCCUCAGGCUCCCCAAACUCAGAGACUCUGACGCCUGGGACAGAGAAACACUGUGUUAAUGAAAAAGAGGUCAUUAGCAAGCACACUAGGACCAUCUCUCCUGAGAAAAGAGCAGCAAUUAAAGGGGAAUCCAAACAGAGGCGAGAUGAUGAGCUAAACCAGGAGCCAGAAUCAAAGAGGCCUUGCUCAGAACCUUUAGUAACUGAAGACUUUAUUCUUCCCCCUUUUCGCCCAGACAACCCCAUUGGUGUGGACUUUGUGGUUCCCAGGACAGGCUACUUCUGCAAGCUCUGCUCUCUGUUUUAUGGCAGUGAGGAGACUGCAAAGAAAACUCAUUGCAGCAGCUUACGACAUUACCAGAGCAUGCAGAAAUAUUAUGAGAAGCUGAAAUCAGAGCAUGGAAGAGAGAAAACGUUGUCCAGUCAUAGUUCUGCAACAGAUUAAGUAGAUCAACCAUUUAAAUUCUUUUGAUUUUUCUAUUAAUAUUCAUGGAUGGGUCCAAUGUUUUGUUAUAGUUGUUUUGUGUGCAACUAUUUCAGUUCAGAUUUCAAAAUAAAUAGUAUAUUAAUUCUAAUGUGUGACACAACAAAUAAACACAUUUACAAAAAUGAU